GACGGCUGCAAUUCAUUUAUACCCAGAACUGCAAUUGCAUGUUGCAGUUGUAUUGGACACUAACGUGACCAAUAUAAUUUUAGAGCAUGUUUUGUAUUUUCAAGUUUACAAACGUUCUGUAACAUUAGCUAGCCGAUUUAACUGACGAACAGCUGUGACCAGUUAGUUUGGGGUAUUUUAAACACAUAAAUCGGUUGUUCUGGACCUUCGCCUUCUUUCUAAGACAAAGACUAAGCUAACUGCACGUUGUUAUAGUAACCUAAAUAGAUGAGCUAGCAAAGUAGGUCAGCAGUUAUCGUGCUGCCAGCUAUCGUUAUCUGUCCUGCAUUAGCAGAAUUCAAGCUAACACAGUGACUGACUAAAAGAAGACCAAACAGUUGAAGACAGAAGAGACUGACAUAGCAGAGAUAAUGGCAGAGAUGGAGGAAGACAUUGGAGAUCUGCCAGCCGAAGAGGAUGACAAUGACUCCGACAGAGAAGAAGAUGACCGACUGUUUGCUUGGAUGGUAAAUGACGAUAUGGAUGAAGAUGAGGAAGAGGAGGUGGAGGAUGAACAGCCCUUGGACACUGAAGCAUCUGAAUCAUUUGAGUUAGAUACCCCAGCUGAGCGCAGUGGUCAUAUAGCAGUGGUUGACAGAAACAGCAUGUAUGUGUGGGGUGGAUACAAGAAUGCUCAAAACCACGGCUUCUUUGACUUGUAUCUGCCAAGAAAUGAGAUCUGGACGUACAACAUGGAGUCAGGAGUAUGGACAAAACAUUUAGCCGGAGGUAACCUGCACACAUCCAUGUCAGGCAGCUGUGGGGUGUGUGUUGAUGGAGUCCUCUACUUAUUUGGAGGUCAUCAUGCCAGGGGAAACACAAAUAGGAUCUACCGCCUGCCCCUGAGAGCUCCCAGCCUAGUUUGGGAGGAAAUGAGGGAUCUUAAAGGACUCCCUCCAUCCUGCAAGGACAAGCUUGGGUGCUGGGUUCAGAAGAACAAACUUAUAUUCUUUGGUGGCUAUGGCUACGCUGCUCAAGAACUUCAUCAAGGGACUUUUGAAUAUGAUGAAUCAUCUUCACUUGUGUGGGACAGCUCUGGACGAGGCUGGAACAACCACAUCCACAUCCUGGACCUGGAGACUUCUACAUGGAGCCAACCCAACACCAAGGGGAACACUCCAUCGCCCAGGGCAGCUCAUGCUUGUGCCACAGUUGGUAACAGAGGCUAUGUGUUUGGGGGAAGAUAUAAGAACUACAGACUAAAUGACCUGUACUACAUUGACCUGGACACAUGGGAGUGGCAUGAAAUGAGCGUUCCCCAGCAGGGUCCUCUGGGCAGGUCUUGGCACUCCUUCACUCCUGUGUCACCAGACCACAUCUUCUUAUUUGGAGGUUUCACCACAGACAGAGAGACACUGAGUGAUGCUUGGCUGUACUAUGUAAGCAAAAAUGAAUGGAAGCCCUUCAAACACAGUCACACAGAGAGUCCAAGGCUGUGGCACACAGCAUGCUCUGGUCCUGAUGGAGAGGUGUUUGUGUUUGGAGGGUGUGCCAACAACCUGUUGUCUCAUCACAGAGCGGCUCACAGUAACGAGUUACUGAUUUUUAAUGUUCAGUCCAAAUCACUAGUACGGUUCUGUAUGGAAGCUGUUCUGCAGCACAGGGAGCGUUUGUCUAGUUACUGGGACUGCUUGCCUAAACACCUCCUACACAGCCUCAAACAGAGAAUGGCACGUGUUAACACACUGGGCUCCUAGGCUAAGAGGUGUGUGUGUGUGUGUGUGUGUGUGUGUGUGUGUGUGUGUGUGUGUGUGUGUGUGUG